AUGGUGGAGCUUUCUGAUUUCCAGCGCCAGGAGAAGAUUGGCGAGGGAACAUAUGGUGUUGUCUAUAAGGCGUUGGACACGAGGCACAACAACCGAGUGGUGGCCUUGAAGAAGAUCCGUUUGGAGUCUGAGGACGAGGGCGUGCCUUCGACGGCUAUUAGAGAAAUUUCGUUGCUUAAAGAAAUGAGAGACGACAAUAUCGUUCGUUUAUACGACAUUAUUCACUCCGAUUCACAUAAGUUGUACUUGGUGUUUGAGUUUUUGGACUUGGAUUUGAAGAAAUACAUGGAGCUGAUUCCACAGGGCGCCGGUUUGGAACCUUCUAUGGUGAAGAGGUUCAUGCACCAGUUGAUCAAGGGUAUUAAGCAUUGUCAUUCCCACCGUGUUUUGCACAGAGACUUGAAGCCCCAGAACUUGCUUAUCGACAAGGAUGGUAACUUGAAGCUUGCCGAUUUUGGCUUGGCCCGUGCUUUUGGCGUGCCUUUGCGUGCUUACACCCACGAGGUUGUUACUCUUUGGUAUAGAGCGCCUGAGAUUCUUUUGGGCGGUAAACAGUACUCUACUGGCGUGGAUAUGUGGUCUGUGGGAUGUAUUUUCGCUGAAAUGUGCAACAGAAAACCUCUUUUCCCUGGAGAUUCUGAAAUCGACGAGAUCUUCCGUAUUUUCAGAAUCUUGGGUACUCCAAACGAAGAAGUCUGGCCCGACGUCACAUACUUGCCUGAUUUCAAGCUCACAUGGCCAAAGUGGGAGCGCAGUGAUUUGGGCCCACAUAUUCCUACCUUGGAUCGUGACGGUGUAGACUUGCUCGAACAAAUGUUGAACUAUGACCCCAGCAACAGAAUCAGUGCCAAAAGAGCAUUAGUACACCCAUACUUCCAAGAAGACAAUGACGAAGCCUACGACAGCUACCCUCGCUCUGUGAACAUGGGGUGA